AUGCCGGUUCUGGACGUAUUAGACACGAGAAAUACCUUUUUCUGGGUUGAGUUCUUUAGGGCACAAAUAGUUGAGCAUAGGUGGACAGAGCACGACGCCAAGGUGUUCUUCAAGUGCUCUGUGUCUGAUGAUAUAAUUAGGGAUAUUGUAGGCGAUCCAUUCGGGCAGCCAUUAAGGGACUCUGUUCGCAAGAUAUAUGACAGGGUGUACACACAAAAGAAUGUUUCCAGGCUUAAGAGAAGGCUUAAAUCAAUCACCUCGGGCGAGUUUAUUUCACUGGAGGUGUACAAAGAAGAGCUUUCUCUGCUGGUUCGUUCAUAUUCUGUGUCUGUUAUGCUUUCAUUAGAGGAGCAGAAUAUACUCAUCCAGAAGUACUUUUGGAAGGGUCUUUCCAGCUCUAUUAAGAUUCACUUGGCCAGCAGAAUAGACAAAGCCUGCUCUGUGGAGAAGAUCAUUAUGGAGGUUUUCCUGUUUAGGCAGAGGAUGAUUGCGAAGUACGGCAUAACCGACAAGUUUACAGGAGUAAUAUAUGUUAAGGAGCAGUCAAACUUCGGAAUGUUCCCCAUGCGCAAUGAUCGGGCAGAGGAGGAAGAGAACAGGCAGAUAGAGCAGAAGCUAAAGUUUAUUGACUGCUCAAAGCCAAUAGCUGCUUCAUCAGUCAUACCAUUCCCGUCUACCAAGCCUAUACUCACAUGCAGUCUUCCCGUGCUUAAAAAGAUUCCUUCAGGUAUUGUGGUAAAGAAUGACCCUUCAGAAACGCUUAAAAGAAUAGUCUUAUACUAUAAGCAUACAAAGAGAGAGAGGAUAUUUAAAAAGCCCAUCCCAGGAAAGGCGUUCUAUGUUUAUACUGGAUGCAUUGAUACGUGGGCAGCAGGGAUCCUUCUGCAGGACAACAGAAUCAUUUCAAUUAUGAAGUCUCCACUGAUCGGUGAGCAACUUAACUACACUGAAACAGAAAAGUGCAUUCUUGCUAUAAACAAGUCAAGAAGAAUCUUCCGAAAGGUAACAGGAGAUGGUCAGAUUGUUUUUAAGAGCGACAAGUACAACUCUUUUAUCUACACAACCGAAAAAAACAUUAGUUUUAUUGAUGGUUUCCAGAUACAGGAAUAA